GUUUGUCUGAGAGACAGCAGAGCUGCAGUCGAGACAAGUCUAUCUGUGUUUCUCUCUAAAGAAACCUUCAACUGAAUCCAGCAGUUUUUUUUUAUCAACAACACAGCAGAAUCUCUGCCAAACACUGAGUGUAGAUAUGUCUGCUGCCAGCUGUCUGCUGACUGAAGAUCAGUUUCUGUGCUCCAUCUGUCUGGAUGUGUUCACUGAUCCAGUCACCACACCAUGUGGACACAACUUCUGCAAAACCUGCAUCACUGAACACUGGGGUAUUAAUGUCCCGUGUCAGUGUCCCAACUGUAAAGAGGUUUUUAACACUAGACCUGAGCUGCGGGUCAAUACUUUCAUCUCUGAGAUGGCUGCUCAGUUCAGACAGUCAGCUCAACAGAAAGCCAGCAACAGCAGCUCAGAGCAGCAAGCUGCCAAGCCAGGAGAAGUGAAGGCCUGGAUGUUCUACCUGUUGUGUCUGAUGUGUGUCUUUAUGCUGUGGAUGAUUUUAAACCACAAGACACAUGUUGUUGUUCUUCUGAAAGAAGAAUAUGAAGGAAAGAAGGUAGAGCUGGGGAAGACAGAGGCUGAAAUUCAGCAGAUGAUCCAGAAGAGACAACUGAAGAUUCAGGAGAUGAAACACUCAGUGGGGCUCAGUAAGGAAGAUGCAGACAGAGAGAUAGCAGAUGGUGUUCAGGUCUUCACCGCUCUGAAGGAGUAUGUUGAGAGAAGCCAGGCUGAGCUAAUCGACAUGAUCAAAGAGAAGCAGAGAAAGACAGAGAAACAGGCUGAAGGCUUCAUCAAAGAGCUGGAACAGGAAAUCUCUGAGCUGAAGAAGAGAAGCACUGAGGUGGUGCAGCUCUCACACUCUGAAGACCACCUCCACCUCCUCCAAAGCUUCCCGUCCCUGAACGCUGCUCCACCCACCAAGGACUGGACAGAAGUCAGCAUCCGUCCACCUUCAUAUGAGGGGACUGUGAGGAGAGCUGUGAAUCAGCUGGAGGAGACGCUUAAUGUAGAGAUAAUUUAUCUGGUUUUCGCCGAGCUGAAGAGGGUCCAGUGGUCUGCAGUGGAUCUCACACUUGAUCCUGAUACAGCACAACCCAAACUCAUCCUGUCUGGUGAUGGAAAACAAGUUAAAAAUAGUAAUGUAUAUAAGAAUCUCCCAGACAGUCCAAAGAGAUUUGAUAGAGGUUUUAAUGUCUUAGCACAGCAGAGUUUCUCUUCAGGAAGAUUUUACUACGAGGUUCAGGUUAAAGGGAAGACUGCAUGGGAUUUAGGAGUGGUCAGAGAGUCGAUCAACAGAAAGGGAGAAAUCACAAUGAGCCCUCAGAAUGGCUACUGGACGAUAUCUUGGCUGUACGGCGGUAGGUACUAUGCUGCUGCUGGGCCUGAUAUCCGUCGCUCUCUGGAGUCUCAGCCUGAGAAGGUGGGGGUGUUUGUGGAUUAUGAGGAGGGUCUGGUCUCCUUUUAUGACGUUGAUGCUGCAGCUCUUAUCUACUCCUUUACUGGCUGCUCCUUCACUGAAAAACUCUACCCAUUCUUUGGUCCAUUGCAUAAUAAUAAUGGUAAAAACUCUGCCCCUCUCAUCAUCUCUCCUGUCAAUCACACCGAGUAGAAUAACCAUUUGAUUUUCCAUUUGAUAACAUUUUUCCAGCAACAUAAAAAUCAAAAAUAAUGACAUUUCCGUCACAAAUUUGUGGUAUUUUCUUUUUAAAUUAUAAGGGACAUGUAAUGUUUUAUACUUCUGGUGAAUAUAAUCCAAUCAAUCUUAUUUCUAUAUA